AUGGCUAAUCCGAGAGUUUCUUUCUCCGAUGUGAAGUCCGGGAGGUGUUCGUCCGUCGUGGAGGCAAGAAUGUUGAGUUUCUGGGAGGCCAGGGACGUCAAGCGUGGUGGAGAGCUGAUGUGGAUUGACAUGCUGAUGGUGGACAUCAACGUAAGGUUUGAGUUGAGACAUGUGGAUGAAGUUAUUGAGGAGCUUUUGACUAAGGAUUAUUCUUGUGAUAUUGCAAUGCCACGUUUGAAGAAGAUGUGUACGCUGGAGCAGAAUGGUUCGUUGGAGCUGAGGAAAAGUGUUUUGGAAGAUGACUUUGAGGAAGAUGAAGAAGAAAAGGAGGAGAAUGAAGGGAUUGCUGAUGGAUAUGAAGAUGAAGAUGAGCAGGAUCAUCACUGUAGGAGUCCUGAAAGAGAAAUAGAGAGGGAUAGGAGACGCGACAGUCAUAGACACAGGGAUCGUGAUUAUGAUAGAGACUAUGACAGAGAACGUGGGCGUGGUCGAGAUCGGGAUAGGGAGAGAGACAGAGAUCUCUAUAGAGGCCGGGAUAGGGAGUGGGGACGAGACAGAGAUAGAGAAGGGGACAGAAGAGACAGAGCAAGGCGUAGAAGUAGAAGCACAAGUAAGGAUCGUAAGUGGCACGAGACUGAUGAUGACCGAGAUAGGGAGGCACCGAAGAAAAAGGAAGAGAAGAAGAUGAAGGAAGAUGGAACUGAUCAUCCGGAUCUUGAAAUUGCAGAAGCUAAUAGGCUGAGAGCAUAUUUGGGACUGAAACCCUUGAGAUAAGCAGCUCAAGGAGAGAAGACUCCUGAAACUGAAGGAAGGAAAACUUAUUUAACCAGGCCAUGGUUCAUGUAUCCGUUUACUUCUCUGUUCUGUUCGGAGGUCGUAAGUGUUUUUGGCUCACUCAUAGAAUCUUUUUUUUUUUGAACAUUGACUCAUAGAAUCUUUGAUGUAGAACAAAAGCUCCCGAGAGAUUCUGAUUUUUAAUGCCAUCAAUUCUUUAUGUGGA